CGAUUUUCGCGACAACCUUACACGUCAGCUUCGCGUGUGUCGUUGAGCAGACCUAAACACUGCACACAGUUACCCCCCUCCCCCCGACAUCAUGGAGGAGAAGGAGCAUACGGUGUUCUUCCACCCGGAUCUGGGUAUAGGUGGAGCUGAGCGGCUCGUAAUCGACGCUGCUGUGGGACUGCAAAAUCGAGGACACAAGGUCACGAUCUUCACUUCGUACUGCGACCCGCAUCAUUGCUUCGACGAGGCACGCGAUGGUACCCUCGAUGUUCGCGUGCGCGGCGCGACUGUCAUUCCGGCGACCUUUCUCGGCCGGUUCGCUAUUCUUUGCGCGAUCCUGCGCCAAGUUCACCUCGUCCUGCAAACCGCUCUCUUCUCCGACGAGCUCGCUCAGCUCGCACCCACCUCGUUCUUCGUCGACCAACUCAGCGCUAGCAUUCCACUUCUGCGCCUGCUACAUCCACGUCCGCGUAUUAUCUUCUAUUGUCAUUUUCCUGACAAGCUGCUCGCGAAGAAGGGCAGCCCUCUGAAGUCGAUCUAUCGUCUACCGUUUGAUUGGCUUGAGAGUUGGAGUACCGGAUGCAGCGACACUAUCGUGGUGAACAGCAAAUUCACGAAAAGCGUUUUUGCUGAGGCCUUCCCCAACUUACGCUAUCGAAACCCUGGCGUGAUAUAUCCAUGCGUCGACACCAGCGGUGGCCAAGUAGGUGAAGUCGCACCGCUAUGGAGAAAUACAAAGGUGCUCCUGAGCAUCAACCGGUUUGAGAAGAAAAAGGACGUUGCGUUGGCAGUGAAGGCAUUUGCAGGGCUCUCACCCUCAGAGCGCAAGGAAGUUCGUCUCGUCAUCGCAGGCGGCUACGAUCCUCGUGUGUCAGAGAAUGUUUCCACAUACACGGACCUCUGUAGUCUCGCCGAUUCUUUGCAGCUCAAACACGCAACGGCUGAAGAUAUCGUCGCUGCGCAGGCCAUACCCAAAGAAAUUUCUGUCAUUUUCCUUCACUCGGUUCCCAACGAUCUGAAAACUAGACUCCUCUCGACCUCGCGGCUUCUGAUCUACACUCCACGCAACGAGCAUUUUGGCAUCGUUCCUUUAGAGGCAAUGCUUGCAGGUAUUCCAGUGCUGGCUGCAAAUGAAGGCGGGCCAACGGAAACAGUUAUCAGCGGACAGACAGGCUGGCUUCGAGACGUCGGCAUGAUCAACGACUGGACGGAAGUCAUGCGUAUCGCGUUGGAGGACGAUGAUGGCGCGCAGAGAUUGAAAGAGAUGGGUAGAUGGGGCAGAGAGCGUGUCAUUGCCGAGUUCUCCAAAGAGAAGAUGGCAGAACGACUUGAGACCGAGAUACAUGGUAUGAGAAAGAAGUCGGGCCGUCCAUCACUCAUCGCCCUGCCUGCCCGGCUGUUAAGUCUUGCUCUUGUUUGCGUAGCAAUAGUAUAUAGUGUACAUAUACUUAGUAACAAUAAACCUUAGGUAUAUUAUAGCAUCUAAUACUAAUAGACUUUAAUAUAUAUCUUAAA